AUGAUGGACGUUUGGUUGGUACAUGCUUUAAAAUGUGGAGGUAAUGGAAAUGAUGGUGAUUUGAAGAAUGUGUUGAAGAAGUUUUAUUUAAAGAAUGCUCGAAUAAGCUCUAAAAUAAUAAAAUUAAAAAAAUAUAGGAAAUAUGAUGAAGCUUUAGUAAAUAUUAAUAUGAACAAAAUUGAUUUAAUUGAUGAAUGUUUCUUUGUUUUGUCGAAUAUUAUUUAUUCUAUAUUAUUUGGGGUUUUAAAAAUUGAGAAUCUAAAUAAGUUAGAUCGUUACCAACUGAUUUAUGUGUGGUUUGAACCAUUUCAUCAAAAAAAAAAUAAAAAAAAUAAGCGAAAUAAACGAAAUAAACAAAUAAGCAAAUAUUACAUUCCUGAUUAUGAACAAAAAUUAAAUUAUGAAAAUAGUGAACUGUUUAAUGGAAUAUAUUAUAGCGAAUGGAUAAUAAUAUCACUUAGUAAAAUUUUUAAAGAAUUAAAUGAACAAAGGAAUAAUAAUAGUGAUAUUUUGAAUAGUAUAUGUGUUGAAAAUUGGGUAAUUGUUUUUGAUUUAUUGAAAUAUGUAUAUGUUAAUAAAAAUAUAUUAGGAAUAUAUUUACAAGAGAAAAGUUGUUCAUAUUUUAUAGACAAUGUUAAUAAUAAAAUUAAAAAAGAUACAAUAAAUUGCGAUGAAAGUAAUUUUGGUAAAACAAUAAUACAAUACUAUGAAAAUGUUAAUAAAAUAAUCAAGGAUUAUUUUUCUUUCCCCUUUAUUUUAUUUUCUUGUAUAACAAAAAGAUUAGGAGCAAAUAAUAUAGAAAGGAAACUUCAAAUUUAUAAUCAUAUUAUACCAAAAAAAUUAAGUGAAGAUGGAUUUUAUAAAAAUGCUAUAAAAACAUGUGUCUUAUCAUGGGUAUAUGAUAAAAGAAAAGAUAAAAAAAAUUAUGAACAAAUUGUUCAUGCAACUUCAAAAAUUAUGCGAUUAAAUUUGGCUGAUUAUUUUUGUCAGUUUUUUAUUGAAAUUCUUCUAAAAUAUAAAACAAACUGCAAAAUGAUGAAGAAAAUUAAAAUGUGCAAAAACUUAAAUAAGGGUAGACAAAUUAAAUUAAGAAGAAAUAUAUUUGGAUGGAAAAUAAGUAGACAUAAAUUAGUGAAACUUAUAUUUAUGAACAAGCAAGAAAAAAAAAAAUCUAGCGAAAAUGUGAAGCUACUAAAAAAAAAAAAAUACACACCACUUUUACAUAUAAAUAAUAUUUUUGAAAACAUUUUUUAUCAUUUCCAUUUGUUUUGUAAUACAGAAUAUGAAAGGAAAAAACUUUUAAUCAGCUUAUUGAAUAAUCUAAUACCAUUUAUAAAAAUUAUAGAAGGUUUCAUGAAAAAGGACAAAAAAAGAAAAAAAAUAAUACAAGAGAAAAAAAAAUUAUAUUUAUGUCUAUUUAAUAAAAAUGUUAAUAUCGUAUUAACAGCAAUAAUUAAUGUGAUACUAUUAUAUGAUUUAAAUUUUUUUUUUAUUGAAAAUUUUUUCAAUAUUUUUUCUAAACAUUGUUUUCCAUUAUCCUAUGCUAUUUGCAUAGUUGAUAUAAUUACAAAUUUUAUUAAUUAUAAAGUUUGUUCGAAGUUUUUAUUUUUUCUCAAAGAUUUUGAAAGAAAAAAAAAAUUAAUAAAUGUUACACCAAUUUUUAAUGUACAAAAAUUAAGAAAAAUAGAGGGGGAGAAAAAAUUAACUGUUGAAGAAGACAUAUUUCUUUCACAAAAUUAUGAAAACAAUGUAGAAAUAGUUUCAAUACUUUUUUUAAAACAAUUAUUAUUUUACUUAUUAGAUCAAUUUUCCAAUGAUAUACAAGAUGAAGAAAAAAAUAUAUUUAUAUCUAUUGUAUUGAGCAAAAUAUUAUAUGUAUUUAGUUUAUAUAUUAAAAGGGCUAAUAAAAAUGGCAUGGGGAAUGGCAUAGAAAAUGGGGAUACUUUUGGUAAAAUGCCAACCAAUUUUUAUAUGUACAAAAUGAAUAUUUGCAAUUUAAAAAUAUUUGAAAGAGUUACUGAAAUUGUUCAAAAUUUGUUUAAAAGUGAUAAUGAAGUUUUAUUAUACUGUGGACAAAUUGUGGCUAAUUAUUUUAAGAAUUAUGUGGAUAGUCAGUUUUCUAAGGAUACUUAUAAUAGUGUGAAAAAAAAUGAAAAAAAAAAAAAAGAAAAAAAAAAAAAAAAAAAAAAAAAAAAAGAAAAAAAAAGUGAUAACCUUUUUAAUUUAAAACAAUCUAUAGAAAAUUUACCUGAACAAAUCAAAUGUUUUAGCAUAAUCACACAGCAUAAAUUUUGUUAUUUAAAUAAGUUGCUAUCAAAAAAUAAAAAAUAUUUUAAACUCGAUAUAAACAAAUCUUUUGAAAAUGGAAUAAAUGAUGAUUCAAAUAUAUUUUACAAAGACGGUUUGUCUGAAAUGGAUGAUGAAAAUGAAAAUAAUUUAGGAGAUGAAUUAAUUUCAGUUAAAGAAUUUCAAAUAGUGAAAAAAGAAGAAUUGUACGAAACAGAUAAAGAAGAUAUAAAUUUUGAAAAAAAAAAAAAAAAAAUUAAUAUAAUGAUGAUGAUGGAAAAUGCUGAUAAUUUUGUUGAAAACGACCUAUACAGUUCAGAUGAAAAAAUGUUUAUAUUAAAUUUUGAACAAGAAAAUGAAUUUUAUUUAGAUAUUGAAUAUAAUAAAAAUAUGUACAUCGAACCAACAGAUGAUUUAUUCGAAUGUUUAGACAGAUUAAAAUAUAAAACAAAUUAUAUAGAAAGAAAUGUAAUAGGAAAAGAAAAUAAGAAUUAUGAAAAUUUAAAAAAAAAUGAUGAAGAAGAAUUUUGUAUAAUACAAACAAUUUUAUCUUUGCCUAAAUUAAUUCAUAAAAAUGAUGUAUUAGAAUAUAUAUGCAUAGAAUUAUAUAGUAUUCUUAUUUCAAUAAAUAAUAAUUAUUGUUAUUUAAAUAAAUAUUCAUUUGGAGCGGUUAAAUUAUUUGACAUUAUAUUAUUAAAUAUUAAUUUUCCUAUACAAAUAUGCAAAUUUAUUUUUGAAAAUAUAUAUUCAAAUAUAUAUACUAACAUUCAAAAAACGAUAAUGUUAUUGUCAUUACAAAUUUCUUCUCUAUUUUUAUCAGAUAUCAUAACAUUAAAUAAAGUUUUCGAAUAUGUACAAAUUGUAUCAAUGAAUUUGGAUGGAGUUAAAACUGAUGAUAUAUAUGGGAAAGAUAGUCAGGAAAAUUAUUUUUUAAAUAUUUCAGAAAAAUUAGAUCAUAAUUUAGUUGGAAAUAGCAUAAUACCACAUGGUGAUGGUAAAAAUUGGCAUAGUUUAGAAAUGGAUGAUGAUGGUAAAAAUUGGCAUAGUUUAGAAAUGCAUGGUGAUGGCAAUAAAAAUUGGCAUAGUUUAGACAUACGUGGUGAUGAUAAAUGUUCGAUGGUAAAAGAAAAAUAUAAAAAUAACUAUAGUGAGUAUGAAAAAAAAAAAAAAAAAAAAAAAAUAUUUUUUAAUUUAUGUAAUUUUUUCUUUACACAUAUAUAUACAAAACUUUUAAGUCAUAAUUCACCAAAAGAUAUUAUAAAUUAUAAUGAUAAAUAUGAAAUAAAAAAUAAUUGUUCAAAAGAUUCAUUGAUAACAUUAUUUUUAAUUUCUUCUUAUAAUUUAUUUUUUAAUUAUUCUUGUAAUUCAUAUAUAUAUAUAGAUGAUGUUAUAGAUGAUAUAUUUUGUAUUGCCAAUUUGUUUAUUCGAGAUUCACAUAUAAAUAUUAAAAAAAUAAUACUAAAAUUAUUACUUCAAGUAGUUAAUUUAAUUAUUAGAAAAAAAAAGUUUUAUUUAUUAAAUAAUGAAAAUUAUAAUAAUAUAAUUAACUAUCUUUCAAAUCGUUUGGAUAUAGAACUCGAUUGUUCAACAUCGUUAUUCAUAAAACAUGUUCUACAUAUUCACAAAGAAAUACAAAGAGAAGUUUUGUCAUGA